AAAUUGGCCUAAAAUUAUUUUGAAAUCAGUGCGUAUUCUUGUUCUUACCUUCACUCCCGGAGGCGGCACGGCACGGUUUGCUUGAGUGAGUUUCAAAGAAUAAAUUCUCCUCCUACAGAUUCUCAUGCUUUUAUUAGUUCUUUAAUAUAUCCCGGAACUUAAUCAUGGGGCUAGAUGUUGGCUCUUGCUUUCAAAAACUCUACACAGCAAUACAAGAUCUCGUAAACAUUGAGCGUUCACUUCUCAAGAGUCUAAGUCCCAUCUCAGAUGCCAAGAUCCGGUCUGUCCUCUCCAAGAAUUUCCAUUUCAUCUUGGAAGAGAAAAUCCAGACCAUGUUGCAAAAUUUAGAGACUGAAAGUCUUCCCAAAAUCAAAGCCAUCAAAGAAGAAGCUGAGAUGCGUUUCAGAGGCGAAAACCAGUCGUUGAUCAUGUGGCUGUGGGAGCUCGAUGAUGUUAUCUGUGAAGCUGAGGAUGUUCUUGAUGAGUACAAGUACAAACAUCUGGAACAACAAGUGCAGCGCAAACAACAUGCAUUUGUGCGUUCCUUUUACUCCUACACUAGUCAUGUUCAUUAUGUGUCAAGGGUGGAAGCAAUUCUCAAGCGCUUGGAUCAGUUCUCUUCCAGGGUGGAUGAUUUUAUCAAACUUAUCCGCUCAGAUUAUAUUGAUGGCAAUAAGGGCACUGCUCAUACUCAUGCUUGUGCUGGCGUCGUCACAACCUCUUGGUUAUAUGAGCAAGUGUUUGGCAGAGAUGAAGAAAUAAAACAUGUAAUAAAGCUUCUUUUAUGCAAUGAUGAUCAGAGCUAUCAAAUCCUUCCUAUAAUUGGGGUCGGAGGAGUUGGCAAGACUGUUCUUGCCAAAUCUGUGUAUAAUCAUCCAGAAAUCGAGCGCCAUUUUGAUCAGAGGAUCUGGGUUUAUGUACCUGAAGAUUUCGAUGAGGUCAAUAUAACCACUAGCAUGGUAGAAUUAGCUUCCAAUGGAACCUGCCCUGACACUAAAAACUUGGAUGAGCUUCAAAAACUGCUCAAAGACCAUGUAAGAGACAAGAGGGUUUUGCUUGUCCUGGAUGAUGUCUGGUAUGAUGAGAAGUCCACAGAGUUGGCCAACAAAGUUAGAUGGAUGAGGCUCCUUGCUCCUUUGGAAUAUUGCCAUCCCGGGAGCAUGAUUUUGGUCACAAGCCGCAUGAAAUUGGUGGCCAAGAUAUUUGCUAAUAGCAUAGAGCCUGUUGUUCUCAAGGGCUUGGAAGAAGAUGAUUGCUUUGCACUCUUCAACAGAUACCUGGAGAAGCGCGUGAAAAUUGUGGCUCUUGCUGAUCCAGAGACACCAGAUGAACAUCUGCUGGAGAAGGGCAAGAAAAUUGUGGCUCUUGCUGAUCCACAGACAUCAGAUAAACAUCUGCUGGAGAAGGGCAAGAAAAUUGUGGCUCUUGCUGAUCCACAGACACCAGAUGAACAUCUGCUGGAGAUGGGCAAGAAAAUUGUAGCUGAGAUAAUAGUUGCCAGAUUCAGUGGACUGCCAUUGGCCGUCAUGGUGGUGGCAGGGAUGCUAAGGCAAAUGUUUGAUGCUGAAGAAUGGAAGUAUAUUUUGAGGAGCGACAACGCAUUCCAAGAUGUUAUAAAGAUCCUGAUGGUUUCUUAUCAACGUCUGCCUCAACAUCUGCAACGGUAUGUCGCUCACCACAGCAUAUUUCCAAAAGGCAUGGCGCUGUCUCGGGAAUACUUGAUUCAUUCAUGGAUAGGAGAUGGUUUAAUAAUUGAUUUGGCCGAAGAAAACAAUGGGUUGACAGUGGAAGAUAUUGCCAGUGCUUACUUGAAUGAGCUGGUGUCGAGGUCUUUCUUUCAAUGCAGAGAUGAUGGCUUAUUUGUACUGGAUGGUCUGAUGCAUGACGUCGCAGACUUUGUUACAAAUGAUGUAUGCACUAGAAUUGAGCAUGACACAAGAAGAGAAAUUCCACCCACUAUUAAACAUCUUCGAAUUGACAUGGAGAGACUUGCCGAGUACAAGAAGAAGAUAUGCAAACUGAAGAACCUGCGAACUCUUGUCUUCACCUGCAAGUCAUCAGGCAUUGAAGUUCCCAUUGACAAUGAACUUCUUGGCAAGACAUUAAAGAAGGCGAAGAGGUUACGGGUAUUGCGUUUGGCAUCAUGUCACAUAGACCAGCUACCUGAAUGGCUCGGUGAUCUGCACCACCUACGGCUGCUGGACCUCUCAGACUUGCAAGUGAAAAGGCUACCCCGAUCGGUCUGCAGACUGUAUCACCUGCUGUACUUGGAUCUGAUGAAUUUCAAAGCCGACAAUAUGCCUGGCAGUCUCAGCAAGCUGAUCAACUUGAGACGAAUAAUAUCUGAUGCUGCAACACUUGACAGGUUUGGUAAAAUAGGUGAACUGACUGCGCUCCAGCAAUUGCCGCUGUUCAGCAUCAAGAAAAAGGAAGGACACAAGAUUGGAGAGCUGAAGAAAUUGAACAAGCUCCGAGGGGAGCUUCGCAUUAGCAAUCUGCAAAAUGUGAGCAGGAGCAAAGAGUUGGCUGGAGCGAAGUUAAAGAAGAAGACAUGCCUCCAUAAACUGUAUCUAGAGUGGAACAACAAUGGCGGUGCAAGUGCUAGUGAGACAAUGGAGAAGGUGCUUGAUGAACUCCAACCACCUCAUCAGAUCAAUGACCUUGAGAUUGUCGGUUACACCGGUAAGAGACCUCCCAUUUGGAUGCAAAUUUCAGUACAGCACUCCCUUCCAUGCCUGAAAGUUCUUAUCCUCAACCAGUGGCUGGGCACCCUACCACUACUCGACCAAUGGGUUCCGCAACUCCAUCAGCUUGAGCUCAGGAAAUGUUCUAAACUCCGCUGCCUCCCUCCCCUCCCAUUAAAUCUGGAGAAGCUAUUACUAUCGGGCUGUUAUUUAUUGGCUAUCAUAACUGAGGCAGACCUGGUAAAGGGAUAUGCCCAAGAAAUGAAGGCUGGUUAUGACAGCAGAUCAGUAGCAGUGAUUGAGGAAGAAGUCAGAAUCCAAGAAUCUCUUAAGAAGAAUAACAGGGCAAUGGCAAAACUUGAACUUCAAAUACAGUCCUUGGAAGCCAGCGGUUAUGAUCUUAAACCAUCAGCCGUCGGUUAUGAUCUUGAACCAUCAGCCAGCAGUUAUGAUAUUGAACCAUCAUCAUCACGCCUGGCAAGUCUCCAAUCUUGGGGUUUAUCAAGGAAACAUGAUGCCAUCCGUGAGAAGUUGACGACCAAGAUGCAGUCCAUCGAUAGAAAUGUGCAACCACUGCCCUCAAGUCUCACACAGCUUCACCUCAGCAACUGCUUUGUGGAUGAUAGCGAGCUGCUCAAUUGCAUCAGCAAGCUGACCUUGCUCACUCACCUUGUUCUUGCUGGUUGCUACUGCAUAACAUCACUCCCCUCAGAAGAGGUACUAAGCAAACUCACACUGCUUCAGGAGCUUCGAAUUGAGGACUGCGUGUUGCUCACAUCACUCGGGGGCCUUGGGGAACACCCUUCACUCCGAGUGCUCAACAUAUGGUCAUGUCCCAACUUGCUGGCAUUGAUCCUGUCUGAAGGCAGCAGUAGUGCACUCCUACCAGAGUCUCUGACCGAUCUAGCCAUCACAGAUUGUGAGCUCAUGACCAAUGAACUUGUCAGUAGGUGCUUGAGGGGUCUCACCAGGCUCAAACAUUUGUCAUUGCAACAGCUUAAGCAUAUAACUUCUUUCCCAUCAGAUGAUGAACUCUCACACUUGACAUCCAUUGAAAGUUUGACACUAAAAGAUUGUGAGAAGCUGGUUUCAAUGGGCGGGUUGCAUAUGCUCAGUUCCCUAAGUUCGCUACAUGUUCAAGGCUGCCUAGGCCUCCUAGAAUCAGGUACUGGAGAUGGUCCACUAAGUGACAGUGUUCCUAACAUCACUGUAGACAACAUUUCACUGAUGCAAGCAUUGCUCUCCCGAAAAGGCCUUUCCUCACUUCAAGUUUUGAGUAUCAUUGGUCAGGACGUCCCAUUCACACCCGAGCAGGAGGAGUGUCUGAAGCACCUCACCUCUCUUCAGACUCUUUCAUUCAAGAAUUGCAAGAGCCUUUCCUCCUUGCCUUCUAACCUCGAAUGCCUCACCUCCCUCAAACGCCUGUACAUCGAGAAUUGCCCUCAGAUGAACUCAAUCACCACGCUGCCAACAUCCUUCCAGAUCAUAUUAGAUGGUAGUAAGGCAGGCUCAUAAGAAGUUCUAUGGGUACUUUCUUUCUGAUCUAUGGUGUGUAAUAAGCAUUAAUUUGCAAGAACUCAUAUAUAUGUACAUUAUUUUGUGUGUUUCCCCUAGUUAAUUUCUUUAAGAGUUACUGUACAUAUACUAUACAUCCGGGUUCUAGUACUGUUUAGUAUUGUUUAUAUUCAUAAAAAAGGGCGUUUGUCGUC